AUUCAGCAUGGUUGCUUCCACAACUCCCUUCCCAAACUCAGAGGGACUCUGGCUGAGGCGAGAGGGCCGGUUACUACUGCAAUAAUCAUGACACCAGGAGCAAAGAAGGGGAUUUUGGAGCGUCUGGAUGCAGGAGAGAUCGUUAUUGGGGACGGAGGCUUUGUCUUCGCCCUUGAGAAGAGAGGUUAUGUCAAAGCGGGACCGUGGACACCUGAGGCUGCAGCUGAGUACCCUGAAGCAGUGCGCCAGCUGCACAGAGAGUUUCUGAGAGCAGGCUCCAACGUCAUGCAGACGUUCACUUUCUACGCAAGCGAUGAUAAACUGGAGAACAGAGGCCACACUCAGCGCUUCACUGGUCAGCAAAUAAACGAAGCAGCUUGUGACCUGGCCAGGGAGGUGGCUGAUGAGGGUGAUGCUCUGGUGGCAGGAGGAGUCUCUCAGACCCCCGCUUACCUCAGCUGCAAGAGCGAGACUGAAGUCAAGGCCAUCUUUCAGAAACAGACGGACGUCUUUGUAAAGAAAAAUGUGGACUUCUUGAUUGCAGAGGUAUUUGGUGAACAUUGUUAGUUAACCCCUUGAAACCCAAGCAAA